AUGGCUAAAUUCAUUAAAUCAGGUAAAGUUGCUAUUGUUGUCCGUGGACGUUAUGCAGGUAAAAAAGUAGUCAUUGUAAAACCACAUGAUGAAGGUACCAAAUCACAUCCUUUCCCACAUGCCAUUGUUGCUGGUGUUGAAAGAGCUCCAUUAAAAGUUACCAAAAAAAUGGAUGCUAAAAAAACUGCUAAAAGAACUAAAGUUAAACCAUUUGUUAAAUUAGUAAAUUAUAAUCAUUUAAUGCCAACUAGAUAUUCAUUAGAUGUUGAAUCAUUCAAAUCAGCUGUUUCAACUGAAGCUUUAGAAGAACCAUCACAAAGAGAAGAAGCUAAAAAAGUUGUUAAGAAAGCUUUUGAAGAAAAACAUCAAGCUGGUGAAAAUAAAUGGUUUUUUCAAAAAUUACAUUUUUAA